UAUGAAACUUUCAAAGUUUACUACUAGGCGGCGCUUUCAACACAGUAAAUUUGAUUCUUAUACGCAGUUUUUUUAAACUGUUAUAAGUAUAAUAUCAUAAUGAAUAUUAUUACGAAACAAGUAAUAUUUUUAGUUAGACCUGCGACUGUAGCGAGAUGCAUAUCAACCAGCUGUAUCAAUUAUAAAGAUUUUGAGGAUAUAUUUCAUUUGGAAAGUCAUGAAUCAAAUAUACCUCCGUAUGUAGAGCGAGAAGGAGAAAAUGUUGAUCUUAAAAGAGCACGAUUGAUUUACCAGUCUCGUAAACGUGGUAUGCUAGAAAACGGUCUUUUACUUAGUACUUUCGCUAAAAAAUAUUUGAAUAAUUUUAAUGAUUCACAAUUAAAAUUGUAUGACCGUCUCAUUAAUUUACCAUCAAAUGACUGGGAUAUAUUUUACUGGGCUACAAAUGCCAAACCUACACCACCUGAAUUUGACAAUGAAAUUAUGGAUUUAUUGAAAAAACAUAUAAAGAAUGAAGAUAAGCAAGCUAGGAUAAUGCAGCCAGAUUUAUAAAAAUUUACUGUCAUUGAUAUGUAGUCAAUUUAUAAACUUAAAACUUCUAGUAUUUAAUUUAGAUUGAUAUCAUAAUUUUUUUUUCCGAUGAAAUAGAAAUAAAUGUGAAAAAUAAAUAUAUUUAAACUA